UCGAACAGAUUACUUAAACAAUAUUUAAAUACCAACGCCUCCCUAGUAUUUAUUUUUUUUUAUUGUUUGAAUCAUUUAACUGAGGCCUAGCAGCCAUUAGCAACGGCAGCUUUCUCCAGACAAUACGUAUCUAAGUGUUUUUUUAUAUUUUGUAGAAUUAAAAGGAAGAUCAUGAGUUCCUUACACCUCACUACUGGUUCCGAGAAACCAGCUACAAUUGAUGGACAAGCCCGUUUAUACAGUAUGAAAUUUUGUCCCUUCGCUCAAAGAAUUCGCUUACUAUUAGCUGUGAAGAAAAUUCCAUAUGAUAUAGUGAAUAUUAAUUUGAAGAAAAAGCCAGAAUGGUAUUUCAAGAUUCAUUCUGAAGGGAAAGUUCCUGCUUUUGUUGAUGUCGAUGGUACAGUGGUAGUUGACUCUAUGAUAAUUGCAAAUUACAUAGAGGAAAAAUAUCCUAAGCCAGCACUGUACCAUGAAACAACAAAGUCUCGUGAUCUAGAACUCCUUACUAAAUAUGGAAUGAUAAUUAGUAUCUUGAGUAACUGCAUACAUGGUAAUGAUAAAAGACCUCUGGAUGAAGUUAUUUCUGAAAUCACAAGUUAUAUGGUAGAAUUUGAAGAUGAAUUAGCUACUCGUGGAACAACUUUCUAUGGAGGUAACGAGCCUGGUAUGCUGGAUAUACUAAUGUGGCCGUGGAUUGAGCGCGCAAAGGCUCUACCCCUUAUUUAUAAAACACCACUGAAUUUUGAAAAGGAAAAGUUUCCACACAUUGUCAAUUGGAAGGAUGAGAUGAAGAAAUUACCCUUCAUAGAGAACAACGCGUGUUCGCCUGAAAAAUUCGCAAAGUUAAUCGAACUAAUGAGGGGAGGUGGUGAGGUUGACUUUGAUAAUAUUUAAAUAUUAAAGAAAUUCUAAAGUUUUGAUGAUCCCUUAGCAAGUAUAUAAUACUUGUGCAAUAUUAUCUUAUGAACAGUAUCAUCAAGUGCUUCUAUGCUUAUAUCUACUUAUAUUUCCAUAUCUUUAUUAUAAUAUUUAUAUGAACAUUAUUAUUAUUAUUGGAAAAAUCUCUUGGAACUAUUAUACCAGUAAGUUAUAUCCAUGAGUGCCACGCACUAAAAUCUUGUUGAGAAUUAGAGAAAAAUAAUUAUGAAUUCCUAUUUUGAUAAGUUAACAAAUUUCGUAAAAAAAAGUAUAUUUGCAAAAUAUCUACGCUUAUCAGAGACAUACAUACAUAAUUUCCAUUAUACAUAAGUUCCAUGUGCAGUUCUACAACUGUACUAUUAUCCAUACAUACGAUAUUCCAAGCUAUUAAUUAUUACAGUAUUUAUUUUCCAUAAAAUUUUAUAAAUAUUUAUUAUUGGCCUGUUAUCAAUACUGAAUACAUUUGAAAGAGAAA